UCUUUCUUUCUCCCCAAGAAUCUGGAGUUCCUGGAACCUUCCGGAUCUUGACGCUUUUCGAGAGGCGUCGAAGAUUUCUUGAGCGCCAAGUAAAGCUACUGUUACCAACCUAAUCAACCGUCGCACUGUAACCGCGAAGCAUACGAUUACGUCUCUUGUCGGUUAUUUCUUCUAGACAAACCAUUACUUAUAAGCGGACUGGUCGUUGCUUCAUGGCCAAUCGGAGGAGAAUCGACGUGAAGGAAAUCUGUUGUUUGAGUUCUAGCAAUGAAUCGGAUUGUGAUUAGGAGUUUUGUGAGGGGGCUCGUUAAUAGCCGGAGCUUUGGCUCGAUAGCCGGUGGCAGUGGCGGUGGUAUGAAGGUCACUUUUGCGGCGGCGGCGUCUCCGUCGACGAGGUACCAGCCGUUGGCGGAUGGGGGAUUCCAGUGGCGGAGGUUGAUGAGCUCGUCCUCGGCGGUGGCAGAGGAACAUGGGAAGGUGAAGUUAGAACAGGGGAAUAAGGAUGUUGAAAAUCAGGAGAAGGAAAAAGAGAAGGAUAAUGCGCUGGUUUCCAGCUAUUGGGGGAUUUACAGGCCGAAGAUUACUAGGGAAGAUGGGUCUGAAUGGCCUUGGAAUUGCUUUAUGCCAUGGGAGACUUACAGAGCGGAUGUGUCCAUAGAUCUUGGAAAGCACCAUGAACCAAAAACUUUUCUGGACAAAGUCGCUUACCGUGUUGUGAAGCUUCUUCGAAUCCCAACUGAUAUCUUCUUCCAGAGGCGCUACGGCUGUCGAGCAGUGAUGCUUGAAACAGUGGCAGCAGUCCCGGGCAUGGUGGGAGGCAUGCUGCUGCAUCUAAAGUCACUGAGGAGGUUUCAGCACAGUGGGGGGUGGAUCAAGGCCCUGCUUGAAGAAGCAGAGAACGAGAGGAUGCAUCUAAUGACCAUGAUUGAGCUCGUGCAGCCCAAGUGGUACGAGCGGAUGCUUGUGAUCACAGUGCAGGGAGUGUUUUUCAACGCCUUCUUUGUGCUCUACUUGAUGUCCCCCAAAUUAGCUCAUAGAGUUGUUGGGUAUUUGGAAGAGGAAGCCAUCCAUUCAUACACCGAGUACUUGAAGGACAUCGACGAGGGCAAGAUCGAGAACGUCCCCGCUCCUGCCAUCGCCAUCGACUACUGGAGGCUGCCCAAGGACGCUAGGCUGAAGGAUGUCAUCACGGUUAUCCGCGCCGACGAGGCUCACCACCGCGACGUCAACCAUUUUGCUUCUGACAUCCAUUUCCAAGGAAAGGAACUGAGAGAAUCAGCCGCCCCAAUUGGAUAUCAUUAAACUCAUAAUUUUUUGUGUUUGUUUUCGGAUUAUAGGCCUAAAAAGAUGCAUUACUAUGUGUUCGGCUUUAUAUUUGGUCUCCAGUUCUACUAAAUGUGUACAUAAGGAUCAAUAAAAACCUUCAUAAUACAAUUUUUUUAAGGAAUUUUACGUUGAA